AUGGCGGGCUUGAGGAUGGAUGACCGGGUGGCUUUAUAUGGCAGUGCUGAGCGAUUCGGCGGAAAGAGCCGGAACACAAGUGAUGAGGAUAGGAACACCGGCGAUGAGUGUAAUAACACCGGUGAUGAGGGUAAUAACACCGGUGAUGAGGGUAAUAACACCGGUGAUGAGGAUAAUAACACCGGUGAUGAGGGUAAUAACACAGGUGAUGAGGAUAGGAACACUAGUGAUGAGGAUAAGUACAGCACUGAUGAGGAUAAGAACACCGGUGAUGAGGAUAAUAACACCGGUGAUGAGGGUAAUAACAACGGUGAUGAGGAUAAUAACACCGGUGAUGAAGAUAAUAACACUGGUGAUGAGGGUAAUAACAACGGUGAUGAGGAUAAUAACAACGGUGAUGAAGAUAAUAACACAGGUGAUGAGGAUAUGAACACCAGUGAUGAGGAUAAGAACAAAGAUGAGGAUAAGAACACCAGUGAUGAAGAUAUUAACACCAGUGAUGAAGAUAAGAACAAAGUUGAUGAGGAUAGGAACACCAGUGAUGAGAAUAAGAACCCCAGUGAUGAUGAAAGGAACACCAAUGAUGAGGAUAAGAACACCAGUGAUGAUGAUAGGAACACCGGUGAUGAAGAUAAUAACACCAGUGAUGAUGAAAGGAACUACAUUGAUGAGGAUAAGAACACCAGUGAUGAUGAAAGGAACACCAAUGAUGAGGAUAAGAACACCAGUGAUGAUGAAAGGAACACAAGUGAUGAGGAUAAGAACACCAGUGAUGAUGACAGGAACACCAGUGAUGAGGAUAAGAACACCAGUGAUGAUGAAAGGAACACUAGUGAUGAGAAUAAGAACACCAGUGAUGAUGAAAGGAACACCAGUGAUGAAUAUAAGAACACCAGUGAUGAGGAUAAGAACACCAGUGAUGCAGAUAAGAACAACAGUUAUGAUGAUAAGAACAACAGUGAUAAGGAUAAUUACACCAGCGAUGAGGAUAAUAACACCAGUGAUGAGGAUAAGAACACCACCAAUGAGGAUAAGAACACCAGCGAUGAGGAUAAGAACAACAGUUAUGAGGAUAAGAACACCAGUGGUGAUGAAAGGAACACCAGUGAUGAUGAAAGAAACACCAGUGAUGAUGAAAGGAACACCAGUGAUGAUGAAAGGAACACCAGUGAUGAUGAAAGGAACACCAGUGAUGAGGAUAAAAACACCAGUGAUGAGGAUAAGAACACCAGUGAUGACGAAAGAAACACCCGUGAUGAUGAUAAGAACACCAGUGAUGAUGAAAGGAACACCAGUGAUGAGGAUAAGAACACCAGUGAUUAUGAAAGGAACACCAUUGAUGAGGAUAAGAAUACCAGCAAUGCGGAUGAGAACACCAGCGAUGAGGAAAGAAACACCAUUGAUGAUAAAAGGAACACCCGUGAUGAUGAAAGGAACACCAGUAAUGAGGAUAAGAACACCAGUGAUGAGGAUAGGAACACUAGUGAUGAGGGUAAGAACAACAGUUAUGAGGAUAGGAACACCAGUGAUAAUGAAAGGAACACCAGUGAUGAUGAAAGGAACACCAGUGAUGAGGAUAAGAACACCAGUGAUGAGGAUAAGAACACCAGUGAUGAUGAAAGGAACACCAGUGAUGAGGAUAAGAACACCAGUGAUGAUGAAAGGAACACCAGCGAUGAGGAUAAGAACACCAGCGAUGAGGAAAGGAACACCAGUGAUGAUGAAAAGAACACCAGUGACGAUGAAAGGAAAACCAGUGAUGAGUAUAAGAACACCAGUGAUGAGGAUUGGAACACAAGUGAUGAGGGUAAGAACACCAGCUAUGACGAUAAGAACACCAGUGAUGAUGAAAGGAACACCAGUGAUAAGGAUAAGAACACCAGUUAUGAUGAAAGGAACACAAGUGAUGAGGAUAAGAACACCAGCGAUGAGGAUAAGAACACCAGUGAUGAUAAAAGGAACACCAGUGAUGAGGAUAACAACACCAGUGAUGAGGAUAGGAACACCAGUGAUGAGGAUAAAAACACCGGUGAUGAGGGUAAGAACACCAGUGAUGAGGGUAAGUACACCAGCGAUGAGGGUAAGUACACCAGCGAUGAGGAUAGGAACACCAUUUAUGAGGAUAAGAACACCGGUGAUGAGGAUAAGAACACUAGUGAUGAGGAUAAGAACACCCCUGAUGAGGAUGAGUAUAGGAACACAAGUGAUGAGGAUAGGACCACCAGUGAUGAGGAUAGGAACACCCGUGAUGAGGAUAGUAACACACCUGAUGAGGGUAAGAACACAGGUGAUGAGGAUAAGAACACCUGUGAUAAGGGUAAGUACACCAGUGAUGAGGGUAAAAACACCGGCGAUGAGGAUAAGUACACCAGUGAGGAGGGUAAGUACAUCAGCGAUGAGGGUAAAAACACCGGUGAUGAGGAUAAGUACAGCAGUGAUGAGGGUAAGUACACCAGCGAUGAGGAUAAGUACACCAGUGAUGAGGGUAAGUACACCAGUGAUGAGGAUAAGUACACCGGUGAUGAGGAUAAGAACACCGGUGAUGAGGAUAAGUACACCGGUGAUGAGGAUAAGAACACCUGUGAUGAGGGUAAGUACACCAGUGAUGAGGGUAAAAACACCGGUGAUGAGGAUAAGUACACCAGUGAUGAGGGUACGAACACCGGUGAUGAGGAUAAGUACACCAGUGAUGAGGGUAACUAUACCAGUGAUAAGGGUAAGUACACCAGUGAUAAGGGUAAGAACACCAGUGAUGAGGGUAAGUACACCAGUGAUGAGGGUAAGUAUACCAUUGAUGAGGGUAAGUACACCAGUGAUGGGGAUAAGUACACCAGUGAUGAGGGUAAGUACAUCAGUGAUGAGGGUAAGAACACCGGUGAUGAGGAUAAGUAUACCAGUGAUGAGGGUAAGUACACCAGUGAUGAGGGUAAGAACACCGGUGAUGAGAAUAAGUAUACCAGUGAUGACGGUAAAAACACAAGUGAUGAGGGAAGAACUCCAGUGAUGAGGAUAAGUACACAAGUGAUGAGGGAAGAACUCCAGGACUACUGUAAUGACCGGGACUUCCGGAAUGACAGGGACUACUGCAAUGACCGGGACUUCCGGAAUGACAGGGACUACUGUAAUGACCGGGACUUCCGGAAUGACAGGGACUACUGUAAUGACCGGGACUUCCGAUAUGACAGGGACUUCUGUAAUGACCGGGACUUCCGGAAUGACAGAGACUCUAGAAAUGACAUGGAUUCUAGAAAUGACAGGGACUUCAGAAAUGAAAAGGACUUCAGGAAUGACAGGAACUUCAGAAAAGACAAGGACUUCAGAAUUGAAAACUUACAAAUACUAAAUAUACGCUUAAAGCAUAACACGAUGCGCAAAAAAGAAUACGACCGGGACCUUGCGUUCUGCCAUCUCUGCAUGGCGGCCAAGAAGACGGGCAAGAUCGGCAACAUGAAGGUGGACGGCAGCUUCAUCAGUGACGGCUUCUCCAACUGA